GCGCCUCUACAGUUUCUCCUAUCAAGCAUCACUUGUUGCUAUCCAGACGCGACCAGUGUGUAGCAGAAUCCGGGGGGCAUUCAUUACCACUUUUCAUUCUCUGCCUGCGGCAACGAUUUACAAGGUGUAAUCCGCCUCGGCGUUUGCUUGGCCUUCGGGCUCCAUGGUGAAAAGCGCCGGACAAGUAUUAAGAGGCAGCCACUACCUAUUUGUAGGGCCGUUCUUUCGAGACACGGACUGUACGUGUUAUUUACAUGUAUCCGUGACCCGGUUCCUGGUUUAAGUUGACAGCUGCGCUGCGGGACAAUGGGCUCGUCCGUCCUGCUGGGCCUCACUCUACAGCUGCUGCUGCUGCACUGGCCUCAGGUACAUGCAAACCAAGGCAUUUUACAUGCAAUUGGAGAUCAGGAUCCUCCCUCUGAAAAGGAUUAUUGUAUAACAUACAAUUCUACCUGGACACCACUUCCAGCAUCCUAUAUCAAUUCUACCUACUAUGAACUGGAGGACCUGAGCUCCCUUUCAUUGUGCACUGCUGCAGAAGUUCCUCUGUCACGUUUAAAGGAUAAGGCAGUUGUAGUUUUGUUUGGAAACUGCUCGAUACUAGCCAAAGCUGCCACUGCUCAGCUUGGUGGAGCUAAAAUACUUCUUGUUGCCAGUAAAGAAGGACUGCCUUUUCUAGCGGACAACAGAAGUGAUUAUAAAAGCCUGACAAUCCCAAUUGCCUACAUUAGGUAUAGAGAUGUCAAAGAUAUGAAACCGAGCCUAGGGAGCAGUGUAAGAGUUACUCUGUACUCCCCUGUAUUACCAAAAUUCGAUUUCAGCAUGUUGCUCAUCUUUCUUAUAUCUGUAUUCACUGUAGCACUCGGUGGUUACUGGAGUGGACUCUCAGAGCUAGAAGACCUGAGGCCAUUGCCUGCCGGCACUGAAAGCGAAGGAAGAAAAAAGAAGGACGACAAUGUGACUUUUACUCCCCUUACGGUCAUUUUGUUUGUUGUGAUAUGCUGUGUCAUGUUGCUGCUGCUGUACUUCUUUUAUAAAUGGUUAGUGUAUGUUAUCAUCGCUGUCUUUUGCUUGGCCUCCGCGACAAGCAUGUUCAACUGCCUUUCUGCAAUAAUACAUAACAUCCCAUAUGGAAAAUGCAGAAUUUCAUGUUGCAAUAAAAGCGCUGAAGUGAGGCUUUUCUUUCUGGCUGCUUUCUGCAUAGCUGUGUCUGUGACUUGGGUGGUAUUCAGGAAUGAAGAUAGAUGGAUAUGGAUAUUGCAGGAUAUAUUGGGAGUUGCUUUUUGCCUUAACUUCAUUAAGACUUUAAGAAUGCCAAAUUUUAAGGCAUGUGUUAUAUUGCUUGGCCUCCUGCUAUUGUAUGAUGUGUUUUUUGUUUUCAUAACGCCAUUCUUCACAAAGAAUGGAGAAAGCAUUAUGGUUGAAGUUGCUUCAGGCCCCUCUGGAGAUGCUAAAAAGAAUGGCGACACCUAUUUGGAAGUUCCUGAUGAACCAUAUUCCACAAAUGAAAAAUUACCUGUGGUCAUUAGGGUCCCUAGGCUGGAGUUCUCUGCAAAUACAUUAUGUCAAAUGUCUUUUUCAUUGCUAGGAUUUGGGGAUAUUAUUGUGCCUGGUCUGUUGGUAGCAUAUUGCCGAAGGUUUGAUGUACGAUCAACUUCUUCCAUGGUCUAUUACAUUUGUUGCACUAUUGCUUAUGCUGUAGGGAUGGUUGUGACAUUCAUUGUUCUGACAUUGAUGAGGAUGGGACAGCCAGCUCUUUUGUAUUUGGUACCUUGCACACUUCUCACCAGCUCUGUCAUUGCCUGGAGGAGAAAAGAAAUGAAGAAGUUUUGGAAUGGAGGCGGCUAUGAGAUAAUGGAUCAUGUGGACAAUGUUGUCCAUGAAGAGGGACUAACAAGCAGUGAACAAGAAGAACAAUGAUGCCAAUGUUAUUUUUGUACGAAUUUUAAGAUAUAGAUUGUUUUCUUGUGGGAUUUCUACCUUGAGUCUGGUGUUUCAUUGUUUUCUUAAACAAACUUUGGCAAACUGCACCCUUCCAGUUUUACUCUGGAUUGCAGAUCCCAUUCUUCAUUUACUUUCAGGAAGGACACAGGUUUGACCUUAUUAGCUUAUUGGUUGUUCAAAUAUUAUUUUAAAAGUUUUAGGAUACAACUUGAGAUCACAUGUGAUAGAAUGGGAAGCAGGUUUCUAUACAGCUGUGCCUUAUUUGAAAUAGAACUGAGCUAUAUGAUCUAUGCAUUACUGAUACUGCAGGGUAGUGUAUGGGAUUGUACAGACUUGUACAUUAUAUGAUCUUUUGUUUAUAGUUCUUCUUUUUCAGGUUGGAACACAAAAACUGCAGACCAUUUGUACUGUGCCCUGAAAAUGAUAGAGGGUCUUAAUAAUUAUAAUAAUAUUAGUAAUAUUAGUUGUAAGAUAUGUACUAAUGCUACAUAGAUGUUUUAAGACAGUUUCAUCAGCACUAAAUGGUUUGCACAAUAUUCUACUCGCCUUGUGGUGAAUUAGCACAUGCAUCUUAUCCAACACACAGCUGUCUCUUGUGACAAACAGCCAAUGUUUACACUCUUGUUGCCAUAGAAUGACAUCUAACAAUACAGACACCUUCCAAUGGGCAUUUCAUUUUUGGCACACAGUGAUCCUUUACAAAAUAUUACAACUGAAGAACAGUAUAAGAUAUCAUAGAAAAAUAAAGAAACAUCUAGAUUAGUUGUAAAAUGAGAACUUGUGUAAUGUAAUAAUGCUCAUUUUCAUAAAGAGAACCUGAUCUUCUUCUGGCUUCAUCAACUGUUAUUCUUUAUGCUUAUGGAUAUAGAUUAUCAAACCAGAAGUACAUGCUAAAUUUAUAGUGAAAGAUAUCUGGUUUCUUGGUGAAUCACAAGAAAGCCAAAAGCAUUGCUAUUGUCUGUGACCUUUAAAGUCCCUGGGGUUAAAAACAGCUCUUCGGAGUAGAAGUUUGACAGGUAAUUCAAUGGCCAAGUCCUUGGCACCAGGGAGAGAUGUAGCGUCUUAUGUCUAAAGAUAAAACCACAAAAUCACAUCUUCUGUUUUUCCACUGUUAUAGAUGGACAGUAAGAAACAAGAUACCCACAGCCUCAAGGGUUAAGAGCAUUUUGUAAUUGCAGAAUAGAAUUGAUAAUCCUGUCCUUACCUUUUUAAUCAGUCUUUCUUUUUCCGAAGUACAAUUAGCUUGCUUUUAUAGGUUAAAAAGAAAUUCACACCCUCCGCUUAGCAAGUUUUCUAGAGAUUGAGGGAUUUUAUAUUAGAUACUAUUUUCCCUCUUCUAUGCACAUUGGAAAGAAGUGUUGUAACAGAAUAAAGGAUAUAUCGGUUGGUUUCAGAUGUCACUUCACAUGUCUUGGGCACUUAACAGGCAAGCAAAAAGUUACAUUAUUAAAGGGCAACCCCAAAAUAAAAAUUUGCAUAAUAAAAGAAAACAUUAUUCCACGCAAUUUUGCAAUAUACAUUCAUUACAAAUUUUCUAUGGUUUUUAAGUUGUCCAUAUAAGUUUUGCUACUGAAAGCAUUUCAGUAUUUCUUCCCCGAUGGCUCAGACUGUUGAUACAAUGUAAGAAAAGGCAGCUGAUUAAAAAACCUGUCUUUGCUGGGGAACCAACACUGUGGCAACAUUGUUUAAAAAGUUAAGGAGUUAAGCAAUGCUGCUUUCAAUAUCAAUUGUUUUUACAAAUAACUUUAAAAGCACUGAAAAGUAAUAAUGUUAAUGAAAAAGAUUAAUUUUACAUUUUUUUAUUUUAAAGGUUUUCAUUUCCUUUAGGAGUGGAACACACACUGAAUCAGACUGCAAACAAUGGAAUAUUAGACAAAAAUUUAAAUUGGUUUUGUGCUUUAUACACUUUACACCUGUAUUCAUCUAGACUAGAGGAUAAAGCUUGUGGAACAUGGCAACUGUUUAUGCUGCCUCUUGUUGACUUUAAUAGAAAUCAACUGGUAUGGAUAGGGGAUCCAUGAUCCAGAAAUUUUAGAAUUAUAGAAAGGUCAUCGCUCCAUUUUAAUUGAAUAAUUGACUUUAUAAAAAAAAAUGUCCUUUUUCUCCGUAAAAAUAAAACCAUACCUUGCACAUCAUCCCAACUAACAUGUAAUUAAUCAUUUGGUGGCAAAACAAUCCUACUGGGUUUAAUGUUUAAAUUCUUUUUUUUAGCAGAUUUAGGUAUGGAGAUCCAAUUACAAAAAUACCUGUCCCAUAUCUGUAUUACUGGAUAAUCACCAUUCUACCAAUGUCAGAUGGUUUCCAUUAAACAUGGAUGUGCCAGGAGGUUCCCCUUACUUAUGUACAGCAGUGGAUGGAAACAAAAACUGUGUCAACUAUUUCUUGUGGCUAAACCAUGCCAGUAAAUAUGAAUGGGCAGGAUAGUCCAGAAAAUUCUAAAAAUAAAUUUUAACUCGUCGUUCAUACAAGUGAAGUUGCCAAAUUAUCUCCUUUAUAUUAGUCUGUUGGGCACAUACUUGAGUAAGCAUUCUCCUGCAGAGCCUCACCAUCCAGAAUCAGGAUCCCAGCAUUUCAUUUGUGACACAUCCUUGCCAUAGACAGGAUCUGGUUUGUACCCCCCCAUUUCAUCUGAUCACCUGUGUAAAUCAGUCCUCUCUGUAAUGCGUGCUUUUUAAAUAACACAGGGAAAUGUUUAUAUCUUUGCUACAGAUACUGUAUUUCUAAGAUCUUUUUAUAAUCUAAUAACGUUGUGAUUCACUGUUUGCAAGAAUAGAAAUGGACAUCUAAUUUUAGAGUACUAACCAGCCAAAAUUACAAUAUUCCUCCAUUUGUAAUCAUUUUUGACUAAAAUAUAGAUUUAAUAAAGAUAUACAUUAAAUUUU